AUGUUUGGAAUUGAUAUAGGUAAAACUACGAUAAGGCUAUCCCGUCUUUUUGAUCUUCAAAUGUCAAGAUUCGAAACGAGGUCAUUUGAAUUUAAAGCCUCCAUAGAGGAAUUCCAACAACGAAUUUAUUUGUCAAAAUCCAAAAUCACUCACAAUCAAUUAGCAUUUCUUGACGAUGACAACAGAGAAGUGAAAUUUCUAUUUUUCGGUAUUAAUUCUACCGCAAGCAAAGAGUAUCAUGAUUAUCUUAAAUCAUUAAAAGUCCAAUACUUUUCUUUUCCAGAAGAAACCAUCAAAAAAUACUUUACAAAUGAAAACGAUCAAUAUGCUUGUGCAAUUGCAAUCGCAAAUGCUGUUUCUAAAGAAAUUUAUUUUCCAUAUUGUCUUCAUCAAUUUAAUCAAAACGAAAUACCAGAUUGCAUUGAUUUAUACAAUCCUUACCUUCCCAAUAAAGAUAUAAAAAUUGUUCCAAACAAAGAAUAUUCUUUUAAAUUAUCGAGAGAACACAAUAUCAAAUCAAUAUACUUGACAGAUCUAGAUCUUGCAGAUGAAUACAUAAGAAAGAACUUCCAAAACCCUCGUGAUAAUGUCAUUACUGGAUACAUUGAAGUAAAAAUAGAUUCAAAAACAUCAAUACGUUCAUGCGAUAUUCUUUCCACUAUUAACUGCAUUGCUAUAGUAAGUUACAACGAAGAAAUCAAAGAAUCUUUGGAAAUCAUUCAAAAAAUUAGAAAUUCUCAAAAAUGUAUUUGGUUUGAUCCCGAAAACAAACUUACAAGUCAGUAUGAACUGCAACCAUUGUAUUUCAGGCAACAUAUUGUUGGAUUUCUCAAUCUUAAACCAGAAAAAACUGGUUUAAGAAAUCCACAAAACAUUCCAUCUUUUUUUGAAUUUUUCUAUUGGACAAUUGUUUAUGGUCUUGUUUCCAUCUUUCAAGAACGUCAUCGAAUACAAUGUAUUUCAGGUAUCCAAUUCGAUGACGAAAUAAACGAAGCGAUAUAUAUGAAAACAAAAGGAUUCAUCACAGGUCUAAACAGCGAAAAUAGAUCUGCUGUUUAUCUUUAUGUUGAUUACAAAACAGGAUUUAUUUUUAUGAUAAAAGAUUCACUUCCGAAAAUAGAAAUAGCAAAAUAUCCAUCAAUUGUAGAAAUGCACACAAUCAAUGGAAAAUCAGUGAUGCCAUUAUAUAGAUACAAAUCAUUGAAAGAUAUUAUUUAUGAUAUAAAUAAUACACAAAAAUCAAUUAUUGUUUUUGGAUUGUUAAUGACUAUUUCUAAAUUACAAGAACAAGGAAUUGUUCAUUAUGACAUUAGAGAAGAUAAUGUUUUAAUUGAUCAUAAUUUUCAACCAAUUUUAACUGAUUUUGAUUUUAGUUGGAAAGAAAAAAGUCAAAUAGAUCCAAGGGCAAGCGUAAGCCAAGUAUUUCAUCCAACAUUAGAUAGACCUGAUGAUAUUUAUCAACUUGCUGCAUUAAUUGAACGUUUAUCGAAAGCUGCAAAUAGAAAUGAAUUAAUUAAAUUCAUUAAACAAGUUAAAAAUGAUGUUACAGAUUAUGAUAUCAAUCAGAAAAUGCUUCAAAAGGAUAUUUUCCGGUUAUAUAAUUCUAUAAGGAAUGAAAUUCUUAUUGACAAGGAAAAGAUUGAUAAAUUUGAUUCAUGGCUUCAAACUUUUUAUAUUCAUCCUUUCGUCAACAAAAUUAAAAAUGAUAAAGAUUUAAAUGAUGAAUAUCGAUUUGUUUCACUGUCUUUAUUAGCUAAAGAGAUGGUGACAGAAAGGAUUUUGUUCCCUGAAACAAAUUACUUCGAAUUCAGGAAGUAUAUUAGUAGUUUUAGAGGUUUAUCAAAUCUAAAAUCAAAUGCGUUAAUUAAACUUCAUCAAGAUGAUUUCGAUGCAAAAUAUGGAGCUGCUGUUCAAUAUCAAAUCGCACAAAUGUAUGAUGGUGUUGAUAUUAAAGCUUUUGAGCAUUAUUUAAGAGCUGCUUCUUAUGAAAAUAAUUCAAAGUUUGUUGCAAAAGCAAACACAGAACUUGGAAAAAUUUUCUUGUAUUCAAAGUAUGGAAUAAUUGUUGAUGAAAAAAGGGCUCUAGAUUAUUUCAUUUUAGGAGCAAAAUAUGGUGAUCCUGAAGCUAAAUUCAUGAUUGCAGAAAUGAUGCAAUCAAAUAGCCAUCUUUUUAUUCCAAAUGAUAAAAUGAGAUCAACAUUAUACAAAGAAAGCCUUGAAAUGGAUGAUGACUUGGUUUAUUCAAUUGCUGGACUUAAAUUUUUGACUUCUCUUUCAGAGUUUCGUGAUCCAAUGUUUGGACUUUCAUGUCUUGAAUCAUCUUUGUAUAAAUAUAAUAUAGAUACAGGAUCUACUUUUACUGAAAUGGCUUUGAUUUAUGGAUAUUACGAUCCACAGAAAAUUAUUGAUGCUUACAAAUUCAUGAGAAAACAACUUUCUAUUAGUUCAAAUACAGAUUUAUAUCGAAAGUUUAAUUUCACAACAGCUUGUGAAUUUUUUGCUUUGAUUUACUUCGGAUAUAAUAAUGGAUUUGAUUGGAAAGUCUCUGUUAACUCCAACGCAUUAUAUUCUGCAUUCGAUGGCAUCAAAGAUUACAUGGAUAAUAUUGAAGAAAUUGGAUUGAGAUUGGAAGUUUUACUUCUUAUUUCAAUUAAAGAAAAAGGUAGAGUUUCUGAUAUUUUACCAUAUUUAUUGGAGUAUUCGGAAUAUCAUCCAAGUGAUUUUGCAAUUGGAAAAGGUUUGUUAUUGCUUUGGUGUUAUUAUAAUGAUAUCAAAGAAGAUCAAGUUUCUAAUCUUCUUCAACAAUCUUCAUUUGGUUCUAUUUUAUUCCAACGUGCAAAAGAUUUAUAUUCGCACAAAAUUGAGCCAAAUGAACAGCAUAGAAAAUUAUUGAAGGAAUCAAUUCUUCAUGCAGUUGAUGUAGUGAAUGAUCCUGUUGAUUGCAUUCUGAAAUCAAUUUCACAAAGUUUAAUGGGUCAAAAUUCAAAAUCAUAUGAAACACUCAAGAAUUUUGAACCUAAAAAUGGUGAAAUUUAUUACAGACUUGCAAGAAAAACUAUUUUAGGAUUUGGAUGCAAAAUAGAUAAAGAAUUAUCAAUCAGAUAUCUUAAAAACUCCCUCAAUGAAGUUCCUAUUGGAGCAAUACAUCUUGCGUUUAUGUUGAGAUGCGUCAAAGUUCCUGAAAAUGUUGAAGAUAAAAAGAAAUAUAUAGAUGACAUCGAUGAUCUAGCAAAUGAAAUUGCUGAAUUAGGGAAAAACGAAGGUGUUUCUCAGUGCAAUGAUGUUACAAAAUAUCUCAAUGAAGAAGAUAACAUUCCAAUUGAAAACAACGAAACAAAAAUGGUUAGAGACUCUUUUGGACAUCCAAAUAUUUCUCAGCCUGACCCUCAAUUCUAUCCAUUCCACGCCAAUGGAAUUGCAAAUGAUUUGUAA